CUUGAUUUUCUCUACCCACGUCUCUCUUUCUUCAUCUUCUUCUACCGGUUACAAAAGGAAAGAAAAACAAAAGUGCAAAAGGCAGAAUAAUUUGUUCUCUACACAAAUCUCUCUCUCUCUCUCUCUCUCUCUCUCUCUCUCUCUCUCUCUCUCUAUUUUUUCUCAUCUCAGAGCUAUGAUAAAAAAAUCUCAUCAUCUCCUGUUCUUCAUCUUGGUUCGAAAGGUUUGAUCGAUGAACAACAGCGUCCCUUCAGAAUAGUUCUAAGUUUUGGAAGAUGGCUUAUAAAUCAGCACAAAUUUAUUAAAAAGAAGGAAAGAGAAAAAUGCCACAAGAACUAAUGAGAGGAUUAAAGGGUUUGGUGUCCACAAGUAACGGAGAUUAUGAGCUUGCUCAACGAAAAGCUGAAGAAACAGCUAAAAGAAGAUACCAAGCGGUGGCAUGGCUGAGACAGAUGGACCAAGGCGCGGCGGAGACACUGCCGGAAAAACCUUCGGAAGAAGACUUCUGCCUUUCCCUCCGCAACGGCCUCAUUCUCUGCAACGUCCUCAACAAAGUCAAUCCCGGUUCGGUUCUCAAGGUGGUGGAGAAUCCUGUCACGUUAGCUAUUCAGUACGCAGAAGGAGCGGCUCAAUCCGCAAUUCAAUAUUUCGAGAACAUGAGGAACUUUCUUAAAGCUGUAGAGGACAUGCAGCUUUUGACCUUUGGAGCUUCUGAUCUCGAAGAGGGAGGAUCGUCGAACAAAGUAGUAGAUUGCAUUUUGUGUUUGAAAGGGUUUUACGAGUGGAAACAAGCAGGUGGAGUUGGAGUGUGGAGGUAUGGAGGCACUGUGAGGAUAGUCUCUUUGAAUCCGAAAGGCUCAUCGAAGAGUUUGUCUCUGGGUGGUACCGAAAGCAACACUGAUGAGUCUGCCUCUUUGGACGAAUCCGAGUCUUCUCACUAUGAGCAACUUUUGGAUUUUCUUCACCUCUCUAAUGAGAUUGCAAAUGAGGAAUCCGAAACUGCAGUCUCCAGGGCUUUUCUUUUCGAUCAUUUCGCGGUUCAGCUUCUAACUGCUUACCUUAAGGAGAGUGAUGGGAUCAGUGAUCUGCCUUUAAAUGAAAUGGUGACUGAUACUUUGCUCAACAGAGUAGUUAAGGAUUUCUCAGCCAUACUAGUUUCUCAGGGGACUCAGCUGGGUUCGUUUCUAAGGAAGAUUUUGAAAUGUGACAACGGGGAUCUAUCAAGAUCAGAGUUUUUAGAAGCAGUCUUCAGAUAUCUUCGACACAGAAAAGAUAUGGUGUCAAAGGAGUUUUCAAAGUUUUGCAAGUGUGGUGGAAAGCCUGAGAUUAUUGGAUCAAGCGUCCAUAAGUUUUCUCCUGGUCAUGCAGAAGCUAUUGGUCUUCAACAGAAAGAGCUGGAGGAAGUAAAAUCAAAUUAUAUGGAAACAAGAUGCCAAGUUAAACAAAUGCAAUCAGAAUGGCAUGAAGAACUUCAAAGGAUAGCCCAUCACGUUAAGACCAUGGAAGUUACAUCUUCUUCUUACCACAAGGUUCUGGAGGAAAAUCGUUUACUCUACAAUGAGGUCCAAGAUCUUAAAGGGACCAUUAGAGUCUACUGCAGAGUCAGACCUUUCUUACAAGGAACAAAAGAUAUGCAAUCAACGGUGGAUUAUAUCGGAGAAAAUGGUAAUAUAAUGAUUGUCAAUCCUUUUAAGCAGGAGAAAGAUGCACGCAAAAUCUUCGCCUUCAAUAAAGUAUUUGGACAGAACGUAUCACAAGAGCAAAUCUAUGCGGACACUCGACCGGUGAUAAGGUCUGUUCUUGAUGGAUUCAAUGUUUGCAUCUUCGCGUAUGGGCAAACUGGUUCAGGGAAAACGUACACAAUGAGUGGGCCUGAUCUGAUGACUGAGACAACUUGGGGAGUGAACUACAGAGCUCUACGUGAUCUCUUCCAGCUUUCAAACGCAAGAACACAUGUUGUUACUUAUGAAAUUGGAGUACAAAUGAUUGAAAUAUACAAUGAACAAGUUAGAGAUUUACUAGUCAGUGAUGGUUCUUCAAGAAGAUAUCCUUUUUUAUAUAUACUUCUCACGUUAGACAUACGAAAUAACUCUCAACUCAAUGGUCUUAAUGUACCUGACGCAAGCCUGGUUCCAGUUUCUAGUACUCGAGAUGUGCUUGAUUUGAUGAGGAUUGGCCAAAAGAAUCGUGCAGUGGGUGCCACUGCUUUGAAUGAGAGAAGCAGCCGUUCUCAUAGUGUCUUAACCGUUCACGUUCAAGGAAAAGAGUUGGCCUCAGGAUCUAUCUUAAGAGGUUGCCUUCAUCUAGUGGAUUUGGCUGGAAGUGAAAGAGUAGAGAAAUCAGAAGCUGUGGGAGAGAGACUGAAAGAAGCUCAACACAUAAACAAAUCUUUGUCUGCACUAGGAGAUGUUAUCUCAGCACUUGCGCAAAAGAGUUCACACGUUCCCUACAGAAACAGCAAGCUUACACAAGUUCUACAAGAUUCCUUAGGUGGACAAGCGAAAACGUUAAUGUUUGUGCAUAUAAACCCUGAAGUUAAUGCGGUAGGAGAGACUAUAAGCACACUUAAGUUUGCGCAAAGAGUUGCGUCCAUUGAACUUGGAGCAGCUCGAUCAAACAAGGAAACUGGUGAUAUUCGAGAUCUUAAAGAUGAGAUAUCCAGCCUUAAAUCUGCAUUGGAGAAGAAGGAAACAGAGCUUGAACAAUUGCGAGUGAGUAGCAUUCGGAACACAACUGAAUCUCAGAAAGCAAGAGCAGUUUCUCCUUUCCAUAUCUCAAGAACAAAGGCUGAAGCAAGUUCACAACCAAGCUACGAGAACAGAAGUUGCUCAACGGGAAAGCAGAGAAAGUCAGGGUUUACAUCUGCAUUGAGAAACAGAGAAGCAAGUCCAAAGAUGCCAAAUCUAGCAGAGGAGAGGUUAAAUCCAAGAUCACCAUCUCCUCCGAGUAGGAGAUCAUUAUCUACAGACAGAGGAUCUUCAAUCAAAAGCAGGAAUAAACCCGAAGUGACUCAAAACCUUCCGGUUUCAAGAACACCUUUCCCAGCUAGAGUACCAGUAGCCAAAUCUUUUGCAACUGUUCCAUUGAACCCAUCAGGAGAUAACAGGCUUCGUGUAGAUAACAACACUUCAGAGACAUUUCAGAAGUUAAGCGCUCGAAAGCUCUUCCCUGAGAUUGAUGAGCAACAUAUGAGGCAUGCAGUUAACAUACGUCAAGGUGGUGUAAAGAAGACAGAGAGCAGUAAAGCCAAGGCAAAGCAACCAUCUCCUGGUAGGUUUCAGAAACUCGAUGUUGGGAUCAGUUUGCGUUCUGAGACGGAUCCCGAAGCUAAAAUAGGAAGUUAUCAGAAGCAAAAGGGGAACAGCCACAAUGUGAUGCACUCAAGAUUCCAAAACUUCGACGUUGGUAUCAGCUUGUUCUCUGAUCUCUGUGCGGGUGACAAAUCAGAUUCAACAACACUUAAGAGUGAUGAUUCCUCUGAGACAGACAACGAGCAUAUACUUCUCCAGAAACUGAAGAAUUCACAAAGAAACUUCUCCAGAAACUUCCAAAACCACAAACUAAGGACGAUCUAUGCUCACGAGGACACUUCACUGGGGAAUAAACAAGAGGACAAGCCUUCAAAUGGUAUGAAAGAAGGUAAUAGUAAUGUACCUAUGCCUGAGUUUAGAAGAAGUCGUUCAACAAAACUUGGAAGGUUCAUGGUAUUACCAUAGAAACAUGUCUCAAGACUCAUAAAUCCAUAUCACACAUCAUAUAUAUAUCAUUUGUACAGACACAAUCUGAAGUUGAGUUUUUAUGGGCUUUGUCAUGUCCUUUUACUCCAUAGUUGUGAUUUGAGAUUGAACCGUUUAUCAUAUGAGCGAGUGAGUGUUCCACGCCGUAAAAGAUAUUUGUACUUCUUGAGGUUCUUCAAUCUCUAAGCGUAUUUGCACACAUUAACAAGUUUUGAAACAUUAAUUCAAUCACUUAUAUAUAAAAUCUUUAUUAGAGCUUAAAGGAGUUUCUCGCUAUGGAAAUUUAGAAAAAAUAAUCUUGGUUUUCUUCAAACUGUCUUUGUCACAUAGGAUUCAUAUACAAUACAUAUCUAAGUAACAUUAUUACAUGACACAUAUACAAACAUGUGUAUGCAAAUUACAAUGUUUUUUUCUUUGAAAAGUGCAAAUUACAAUGUUAAAACUUGUUAAUGCUUAUGGUGCUGUGUGUAAAUGUAGUCUAAGUGAGCUUCCGUCAUCAUUCUUCUCGUCAAGCAUUCUUCAUCUCCUUCUCCGCAAGUAUCCAUCUCCAUCAAUUUCUCAACCGAGUCGUCGUCCACUGGUAUAGCUGAAACUAAUGGAUUCAGCUCUGAAUCAUCUUUUCCUCUUCGGAUUGCAGAAGAACUUGUGGGAAAAAUAAGGAAGGUGAAGAAGAGAACACACACUGUGAGGCACAUGGUUUGCUUCAUGUUCUUGUCUAAGACCAGGAGAGAGAGAGAGAUAGGAAGAGAGUGAGAAGUACCAAAUAUAAUUAAGAGUCCACUUUUAAAUCAAAAUAUUAAUAAAAAUGUGUUUUUUUUUUCAAUUGCUUUCGUGAUUCCUUAUAGUGCGAUGGAGAGACAAUUAUAAAACUAGAGUGAACUGAACUGAACUGAAGCAAGUGGAAUGUUACAACAUCAAAUUCCAUCGAUAAAACCAUAUUAACCACAAUUGCAAAAGUAAAAUCUAACAAAAAUCACAGGAAAUAAAGAAACAAAUUAAAUAAAAAUAUUCAAAUAUUUUUUCCUGAGGAGUGGCAGUGGCACAUCACAGAUGUCAAAUGCGAAAUUAAGACAUGAAUCAUUACCUCAAUAAAUUAAUGACUUAAUGUAUAUUAAUCACAUAGUGUGGGUUUUUAAAAUGUUAAAGGAAACAUUAUGAUUUAGGUAGAAA